CUGUCCAAUGCGUCGUAUUAUUUUGGAGUUUCUGUGAGAUCGUGCCAUUUAUUCUGCACAUUUAUUUGCAAUGAGAGCGAAUUUCGUGGACGAGUGUCGAAUGAAAUAACAGACAAGUGUCGCGGAUUUUCGAAUUGAUUGAAAUACGUCAGUCGAUUAUUUGUUCUUCGAUGAUGCUUGGGAUUCUCAAUAGAAACGCGAAGUUGCUGCUCGUUAUUUCAAAUUUUUCGUGUGUUGAGUGGUUCGUGUGCUAACAAAAUGUCGGAAAUGAGCAACCGUCUCAGGGAGAAAUACAGAUCGAAGAAACGUCUAAUAGACAUCAAAUAGACGUUUAUAGACGUCUAUAUGCGGCUAAUACACACGUAUUUUCGAUCUGUCAUUUUUCACUCGUGUUGAAAUCGCGUAGUAGUUUUCCGGAGUGUCGUUAAUUAAUUGUACGCGACUGUAAUUAACCACAAUUAUUUGAUCGAUUUGUAGUAGUAAAUCUUUUAAGAAUGAAAAAAUUCGCGUUAAUGAAUUUUUUAAGAAUGAAAAAAUUGGUGAGAAUAUGACAAUACAUCAAGUGAAUGGAUUCGUGUAAUUUUAAUGAAAACACACAGUGCAGCGACGGCCGCCAGGCAGCUUUCUGCAAAGAAAAAACAACUUCGGUUGGAAAACGGAGAUGUGAAAUAUCUCGUAACGAACUAUGCGAGGAAUGGGCGCUGGCGAACAGCCGUGAGUGCGUGGAGAGUGGCAGUUCGGCGAGCACGACGCACGGGGAGGAGUCCGAGGAUGCGUCCGAGGCGAGGUUCACCCUCAAAUAUUUGGGCAGCACCCUCGUCGAAACUCCCUCGAGCGAGGAAGCCACGGCGGAAGCUAUCAAGACUGUCAUCACUAUGGCCAAAGCAAGCGGAAAAAAGCUGCAGAGAGUGUCUCUGGCUGUGAGCUUGAGAGGGAUUAGAAUGACAGACUUGGCCACCGAAGAAGAUCAGCUUCAAGUCUCGAUAUACAGGAUUUCGUAUUGCUCGGCGGAUGCGACGCACGAUCAUGUAUUCGCAUUCAUCGCGACAAAUCUGAACGAGACGAUGGAGUGCCAUGCGUUUCUCUGCCCGAAGAGAAAAAUGGCGCAAACAGUGACACUAACUGUGGCGCAAGCCUUUAACACGGCUUAUCAGGCGUGGCAGUUGUCGCAGUCUGAUCCCAGGAUUCAUCACGCGCAGGAUAAGAAUCCUCCUUUAGCGGACGACAGAAUCGAUAACAAUGAGAAAAAAGAGGCGAGUGAGACAAAGACCACCACCGGUAAAGUUAAUGAGCAAAAUAAGCAAAACGGUCAACAGCGACGCAACGACAGCCAGAAGAAUCUCUUAAUUGACUUGUCGAACGAGUCCAAACCGGCAGGAAAUUCAUGGGUCUGUUUCGAAGAGGAUUCGGACAUGAAGAAAAGUCAGAAAAAGAGCACGACGAUCAACAAUAGUAUUCCGAUGACCACGCUCAGGCAUCAGUCGACGGCGUCCACUCCGGCUCACCAUGUGGUACCCCGGCCAACGGCCGGCUUCAAGAUGCAGAAUGCCUGGGGCGAGUCCAGGUCGGUCGAUCUGAUGUGCUCGUAGCAGACAGGAUAGCCGGCGGCUGAUAGCUUCAGAGACGUGCCAUUGAUCACGGGUCUCUGGAAGCACCUCUCGAACAAUGGCCAACCCAAAAAGACCAAUCACUAAGACCACCGGUCCGCGUCGGGGCGGUCCUGACAGUUUCCGAUCGCAGAUUACUCGUAUUUUUAUCGAACGCUGAAGAGAGACAAUGAUAUCCAUUCUGUGUGAUGUAAUGGAAAUAUCGUACACGUUCGACGGAGUUUUCAAACUCGUUGAAGGGAUGGUUGCGAGUGAUUUUUAUCAACGAGAAAAAAAGAGGGACGGCAGUAGUUUUAAGGAGGACCAACCCGCGGCGCAGAGAAAUUGCGGUAAUCGGGGUGGGAACAAUUUCUAACGGAUUUUUGUAUAAAUACGUGUAUACCUGUGCCAAUUACUUUACGCAUACAUAUCGCACAAAUAUUGCUAAGUGACAAUGUGAGUCAAGACACUCGCUUUUUAUCGUUUUCAGUGAUAUUAGCUCUGGAAAUAAGAUUGAAAUUAGUCGUACUUUUCGUUUUCAGAGAGCAAUAUUCCAUUUUUUUAAUUAAAGGUUUACCGGAGAAUUGAAAAUCUCAAUAAAAGACCAGGUAACUCUAUUGUCAAAAAUAAAUCAGACUUUUCUAGAAUUUUAAUCAAUAAUUUAUUUUAAAUAAAAAAUUCGAUUAAUUUACG